UUCCGCUUAGUCGCGUGACGUCAUCUCCGUGAGCAGGAUUGGCCCUGAAACAGUGUGGGGCCUGGACCGCUGGGUAGGCGUGUCCAGCGGCCUGAGCAGGGGAGGGUAAUGAGGCUGUUACGCGCCUUCUCCGCAUCUUGGCGGGAGCCUGACGCCCCGCUUAUUCCCUAACGGGGUGUUCCACCGGCGCCUGCCGGGGCCUAGGCCUCCGCAGCCGCCUUCCGUCUCCUCAGCCCCGACGCUGCGCCCGCUUUGUGCGCAUUUUUCUCUGGGGAAACUGAGGCUCCGAGUGCGAAAGUCAGCCGAGGUCGCCCCGCCCAGGACAGAGAAGGGCUGGGGGGUCGGCUGAGCCGCGGCAUUCCCGGGCCCCGCUAGGGCUUCAGGGUCUCAGGAUGGCAGCCUCGGCGCAGGUGUCUGUGACCUUUGAGGAUGUGGCUGUGACAUUCACCCAGGAGGAGUGGGGACAGUUGGAUGCAGCCCAGAGAACCUUGUAUCAGGAGGUGAUGCUGGAGACCUGGGGACUUCUCAUGUCUCUGGGCUGCCCUUUGUUCAAACCAGAGCUGAUCUACCAGUUGGAUCACAGACAGGAGCUAUGGAUGGUUACAAAAGACCUCUCCCAAAGCUCCUAUCCAGGUGACAACACAAAACCCAAGACCACAGAGCCUACCUUUUCUCACCUGGCCUUGCCUGAGGAAGUCUUACUCCAGGAACGACUGACACAAGGAGCCUCAAAGAACUCCCAAUUAGGGCAAUCCAAGGAUCAGGAUGGGCCGUCUGAAAUGCAAGUAGUCCACUUGAAAAUAGGGAUAGGCCCCCAGCGGGGGAAGCUGCUGGAGAAAAUGAGUUCUGAACAUGAUGGUUUGGGGUCAGAUGAUGGUAUAUGUACAAAGAUUACACAGAAACAAGUUUCAACAGAAGAUGAUCUCUAUGAAUGUGAUUCACACGGACCAGUUACAGAUGCCUUGAUUUGCGAAGAGAAAAAUUCCUAUAAAUGUGAGGAAUGCGGGAAAGUGUUUAAAAAGAAUUCCCUCCUUGUUCAGCAUGAACGGAUUCACACUCAGGUGAAGCCCUAUGAAUGCACAGAGUGUGGGAAAACCUUUAGCAAGAGCACUCAUCUUCUUCAGCACCACAUCAUCCACACUGGGGAGAAGCCGUAUAAGUGCAUGGAGUGUGGGAAGGCUUUUAACCGCAGGUCACACCUCACACGGCACCAGCGGAUUCACACCGGAGAGAAGCCUUAUAAAUGCAGUGAAUGUGGAAAGGCCUUCACCCACCGCUCCACUUUUGUCUUGCAUAACAGGAGCCACACUGGAGAAAAACCCUUUGUGUGCAAAGAGUGUGGCAAAGCCUUUCGAGAUAGGCCAGGUUUCAUUCGACACUACAUCAUCCACACGGGAGAGAAGCCCUACGAGUGCAUUGAGUGUGGGAAGGCCUUCAACCGCCGGUCAUACCUCACGUGGCACCAACAGAUUCACACUGGAGUGAAACCCUUUGAAUGCAACGAGUGUGGAAAAGCUUUUUGCGAGAGUGCAGACCUCAUUCAACACUACAUUAUCCACACUGGGGAGAAGCCCUAUAAGUGCAUGGAGUGUGGGAAGGCCUUCAACCGUAGGUCACACCUCAAGCAGCAUCAACGGAUUCAUACUGGGGAGAAGCCUUAUGAAUGCAGUGAAUGUGAAAAGGCCUUUACCCACUACUCCACUUUUGUCUUGCAUAAAAGGACCCACACGGGAGAAAAACCCUAUGAAUGCAAAGAAUGUGGAAAAGCCUUUAGUGAUAGAGCAGACCUCAUUCGACACUUCAGCAUCCACACUGGAGAGAAACCCUAUGAGUGUGUGGAGUGUGGAAAGGCCUUCAACCGCAGCUCACACCUUACGAGGCACCAACAGAUUCACACUGGAGAGAAACCCUAUGAAUGCAUCCAGUGUGGGAAAGCCUUUUGCCGGAGCGCAAACCUUAUUCGACACUCCAUCAUUCACACUGGAGAGAAGCCGUAUGAAUGCAGUGAGUGUGGAAAGGCUUUUAAUCGCGGCUCAUCCCUCACACAUCAUCAAAGGAUUCAUACUGAGAGAAACCCUACCAUUGUAACAGAUGUGGGAAGACCUUUUAUGACUGCACAGACGUCAGUCAACAUCCAGGAACUUUUAUUAGGGAAAGAGUUUUUGAAUAUCACCACUGAAGAAAAUCUGUGGUGAAAGGGAGCAUCUUACCAUCUGGCCAUUCACACUGAAGAGAAACUUCAUAAGCAUCCUCUCUUUGAGAAAACGUGUAAUAGAUUAUCAUUUGUCAUCUAAACAAUCGUGUUAGAAAUUGAACCAGCCUGGAGUCUUAUUCUCCAUCUGAGAAUUCACCCAUGAGAGAGACCCAGUGGUUGCUAUGCACUUAGGAAAACUUUCAGCCACAUCUUUCUUCUUAGUUUACAGUGAAAUAUUAUCUCAGGGAUAUUUAAACAAAGGAAGAGGAAAUAUAGGGAAGAUAAAGAAAACACAGCUUCUUUGAGACUUGUCUGACAAGCCUAUGGCAAUUUGUCAUCCCUUUGUUAUUUUAUUUGGGAGAGGGAAAUGUUUCAGAAACAAAAGAUCUCAUCCCCUUUAUUUUUCUUGUGUAUACAUUCACUGCUGCCCAGUGUCAGAACAGUUAUACAAACGAGGGCUUGAAAACAUUUUGUGAAAGCUUGCUUAGUCCUGCAACGUUCUCCACUCUCGAGGUGCAGGAGCAUACAUCUUUAUAAAAAAUAUGGAGGCUUGAGUUACGAAACACUUUUAUAAGGAGAUAAGGAUGUACGUAUGUUUGGACACAUUGUCCACUUCAGAUGCUUGUUUAAAAAAUGUUUCACCAUGUGUCUUUAGCCAAUACACAUACUUUUUCUUGAUGUGGAUUUACUUUUUUUUUUUUUUUUUUAAGUUUUCCUGGGAUAGGGAUGAUAGUGUAAUUGUUCAUGCACACAGUAAUCCUGGGAAUCUUAGUUUUUUCCUAUGAUUGUGGUUUCUCAGCUUCUUUACCUCUCCUUUGAGUUAGGUCCACCUCAGUUUUCUAAAGGUCAAAUUAAGGCCCCCCAAAAAUACAGUAUGUAGCUGAAUUCCUUUGAAAGAUCAUGAUAAACUCAGAAGAACAAACAUAGAAGGAAUGUCAUUUUUAAUCUUUUUAAAGAGUGUGUGAAAAUUCACUUUAACUGGAAUUUUAACAGGCAAGCCGGCAUGCAUAUAUGUAGGGAUGUGUGACUUUCACAGUUGUCACCAUGGACUUAGUCUUGAUUGAAAUGCUACACAUUUAGAGCGUUUUGUAAUUCCUUUUUAAUAUUUUUAAGACUAGAUUUUGAGCCAUGUGAUAGUUUUACCUCAAAUAUAUUGUACAGAAGUAAAAAUAAUCAUGUAUUCACUUUGAACUCCUCAAAGCCUUAUUUAUUUAUUUACUUAUUUACUUACUUGGUUUAGGAGCAGAGGUUUAAUAGGCAAAAGAAAGAGAAAAGAGACUAGCUCUCCUCUGAGAAGAGAGGGGUGUCCGAGUGGGACUUCCCUCCUCAGAGCCUUUUUUUUUUUUUUUUUUUUUUUUUUUUUUUUUUUUUGAGACAGAGUUUUGCUCUUGUUGCUCAGGCUGGAGUGCAGUGGCACAAUCUUGGCUCACUGCAACCUCUGCCUCCCGGGUUCAAGCGAUUCUUCUUCUUCAGCCUCCCAAGUAGCUGGGAUUACAGGCAUGCGCCACCACGCCCAGCUAAUUUUGUAUUUUUAAUAGAGAUGGGGUUUCUGCAUGUUGGUCAGGCUGAUCUCGAACUCCUGACAGGUGAUCCGCCCGCCUCGGCCUCCCAAAGUUCUGGGAUUACAGGUGUGAGCCACUGCACCCAGCGCUCAGAGCCUUUUAGUGAACACUUGUAUAGUUUUCUAUUGUAGUUGUAGGCAAAGCCAUUUUGUAUUGUAUUAAUUCAUGUCAUUAUUUUGAAGACAUCUCUUGGUCCUUUUUUUUUUUAAAUUGAGAUGGAGUCUCGCCCUGUUGCCCAGGCUGGAGUGCAGUGGUGAGAUCUCGGCUCACUGCAGCUGCCUCCGCCUUCCGGGUUCAAGUGAUUUUCCUGCCUCAGCCUCCCAAGUAGCUGGGGCUACAGGUUUGUGCCACCACACCCAGCUAAUUUUUGUAUUUUUAGUAGAGAUGGGGUUUCACCAUGUUGGCCAGGAUGGUCUCCAUCUCUUAACCUUGUGAUCUGCCUGGCUCAACCUUCCAAAGUGUUGGGAUUACAGGCAUGGGCCACUGCACCCAGCCCUCCUUGUCCUUUUUAUGUCAUGUCUAAGAACUCCUCACCAGGUUUUCUAUCGUAUUUCCUCCUGCAAAUUUUAUCUUCUACAUUGGAUCUGAUUCACGUUAAGUUAAUUUUUGUAUUAACAGUAUGAACUUUAGUUUCUUUUGUUGUUGCCCAUGAAUUUUUUUAAGCUCCAUUUAUUGAAAAGACUAUUCUGCCUCUAUUGAAUUGCUUUUACACCUUAGCAAAAAAUUAUUUAAGUAUAUUCAUGUUGGUCUAUUUCUUGGUUCUCUAUGUUAUUCCAUUGGUCUUUGAGCCUAAACCUAUGCCAAUACCACUCUAUUUUGAUUACUAUUGCUAUCUACUAAAUUUUAAAAUAGGGUAAACUUAUUCCUCACUCUUUAUUCUUUUUAAAAAUUGAUUUGGGGCCAGGCAUGGUGGCUCACGCCUGUCAUCCCAACACUUUCGGAGGCCAAGGUGGGCAGAUUACGUGAGGUCAGGAGUUCAAGACCUGCCUGGCCAAUAUGGUGAAAACUCGUCUCUAUUUAAAAAAAUACAAAACCUAGCCAGGCAAGGUGGCAGGCGCCUGUAGUCCCAGCUACUCGGGAGGCUGAGGCAGAAGAAUUGUUUGAACCCGGGAGGUGGAAGUUGCAGUGAGCUGAGAUGGUGCCACUACACUCCAGCCUGGGUGACAGAGUGAGACCCUGUCUCAAAAAAUAAAUAAUAAAAAUAAAAAAUAAAAAUUGAUUUGGCUUUCAUAUCAAUUGUUUCCUUUGGCUUUGCAUAUACAUUUUAUUGCAUGUUUGUCUCUAUGAAAUAUGUUGCUGGGAUUUUGAUAUAAAUUGCCUUAAAUCUAAAGAUCGUUUUGGUGGGAAUUGACAUCUUGUUGAGUCUUACAGUUCAUGAAUAUGGUACGUCCCUCUGUUUAUUGAGGUCCUCGUUGAUUUAUUUCAUAAGAGUUUUGUAAUUUUCAGCUUAUAGAUUAUGGACAUAUUUUAAAAAUCUAGACAGUUUCUUAGAGGGCCAUUAUAUGUUGUAUUGAGUUUUAAAUUUCAGUUUGCACCUGAUACUUGCAAUUAUAGAGAAAUAUAUAAAUUAGAAUUUUUAUAUGUAUUCUGUGACUGCUGAAGUCAGUAGUUCCAGCAACAUUUUUUGAUAGCUUUCUUAGGAUUUUCUUCAAAAAUAUUAAUGUUAUUAGCAAACAUCAAACAUCUUAUUUCUACUUUUUUUUUUUUUUUUUUUUGACACUCUUGCUCUGUCACCUAAGCUGGAGUACAGUGGUGCGAUCUUGGCUCACUGCAACCUCUGCCUCUCGGGUUCAAGGAAUUUUUACCCUCAGCCUCUCGAGUAGCUGGGAUUACCGGCACACUCCACUAUGCCCAGCUAAUAUUUGUGUAUUCUGUAGGGAUGAGGUUUCACCAUGUUGCCAGAUGGGUCUCAAACUCCUGAGCUCAAGUAAGCCUCCUGCCUCAGCCUCCCAAAGUGCUGGAAUUACAGGCAUGAGCCACUGCUCCUGGCCCAAACAUCUUAUUUCACCUACCCAAUCUAUAUUACUUUUAUUUCCUUUUCUUGUGUUUAUUGCACUAGCUAGAACUUCCAGUGUGAUGUUGAAUAGAAAUGGUGAAAGAGGACAUACUUGCCUUUUUCUUGAUGUUUGGGAGAAAGCAUUCAGUGUAGAUCGUUAAAUAUAAUACCUGUAGACUCUUAUGUACAUGUUCUUUAGAAAGUUUCCCUUCUGAGUUGCUGAGGGCUUUUAUUGUGAAUGGACAUGUAAUUUGCCAAAUGCUUUUCCCCCUUCAAUUGAUAUGAUCAUGUAAUUUUUCUUCUUUAGCCUGUUAUGAUGGAUGGCUUUAACUGAUUUUAGAAUGUUUUGUUGUUUUUUUGAGACCAAGUCUCACUCUUUCGCCAAGGCUGGAGUGCAGCAGUGGUGCAAUCUCAGCUCACUGCAACCUCCGCCUCCCAGGUUCAAGCAAUUCUCUUGCCUCAGCCUCCCAAGUAGCUGGGACUACAGGUGUGCACCACCAUGCCCAGCUAAUUUUUGUAUUUUUAGUAGAGAUGGGGUUUCACCAUGUUGGCCAGGCUAGUCUCGAACUCCCAACCUCAAGGGAUCCGCCCACCUCGGCCUCCCAAAGUACUGGAAUUACAGGCAUGAGCUACCAUGCCUGGCCGCUUUUUGAAUGUAGGCCAGCCUUGCAAUCCUGGAAUAAACCCCAUCAGGUCAUGGAAUAUGAUUUUUUUUUUUUUUUGAGACGAAGUCUCUGUCACCCAGGCUGGAGUACAAUGGCACGAUCUCGGCUCACUGCAACCUCCACUUCCCAGGUUCAAGCGAUUCUUCUGCUUCAGCCUCCCAAAUAGCUUGGACUACUGUCAUGUGCCACCAUGCCUGGCUAAUUGGAAUAUGAUUUCUUUUAAUUACAACAUUCCAUUUGCUAGUAUUUUAUUGAGAAAUUUUGUAUCUGAAAUCAUGAGUAUUCCAUCUGGCCAAAUAUGUGGCUGGAAUUUCCCCAAAAGUGGCAGAGGGGUUCCCAGAAGGGACUGUUUCAAAAAGUCCUGAGAUAGGACCUGUUGGGAUUCCAAAGAAAGGAGCGUAAAACACCAGGGUAAUCAGUUCAAAUCAUUGUUCGGAGGAACUUUCAUACGGGGUUGGGGGGGCUGCAGUGUGUCCUUGUGUUGGACAGCAAACAAAAAAAAAAAGCUCUACUUGUGUACGUCUGCAAUGAGAAGUUUGAGUUAUGGAGAGUAUAUGAGGGCUUAAGGAAUUUGGCUCAGAUCCAGGGCCAGUUUCUACAUGUUUAGCAACAUGUUUGAUCUCUCAGUGUUUCGGGCAACAACCUGUCAGUGCCUGGGCAUUCCAAUCCCUAGCUUACAUUUAAGCCUGCAGGGGAAGACAUGCACUUGGUCCAGGGUCACAGAGCUGUCAAGGCACCUUGCACUUCUAGGCCAGGACACAGAAAGGGGAGUUGGGGACCACUACAAUGAGCAAUGUUGGUCAGUAGUUUUGUUUGUUUUCACUUUAUCUGAUUUUGGUGUUUGACUAAUACUGGCCUCCCAAAAUCAACUGGGUUUUCCUCCAGUGCCACCCCCUUUUUAUUUGCAUGACAUUUUGUAGAAUUGGUGUUGUUUCUUUAAGUAUUCGGUAGAAUCUUUUGGUGAAACCAUUUAAGUCUGGAGGUUUCUCUUGUGGAAGAUUUGAAUUAUGUAGUCAUUCAACUUAAUAGGUACUCAAAGUAUUUCAUAUUGGGUGGGUUUUGAUAGAUUAUUAUUUUUGAGGAAUUGUUCCAUUUCAUCUAAGUUUUGUAACUUAAAUUUAUGGAGUUAUUUAUUUGAAGUAUUCCCUUAUUAUUCCCUUCAUGACAGAAGGUUCUAUAGUUGUAUCCUUUGUUUUAUUCAUAAUAGUGGUUAUGUGUGUCUUCUUUAUCUUUGUUAAUCUUCUUAGAUGUUUAUAAAUUUUAUUGACUAUUUCAAAGAACCAGCUUUCUGUGUCAUUGAUUUUCUAUGUGUUCUGACUUUGAUUUCUAUUCUGAUCAUUGUUAUUUUCUUUUUCUACUUGUUUUGGUUGUAUAUUGCUGUUUGUAGUUUCUUGAGGUGGGAGCUUAGAUUAUCAUUAGAGACUUUAUUCUAACAUAAGCAUUUAGUUUUAUAAGCUAAACUCAGCACUGUUUGAGCUCCAUCUUACAUUUUCCUAUAUUGUAAUUAUAUUUUCAUUCAGCUUAACUAUUUCUCGAUUCCAUUUAAGAAAUUAUCUGUGACACAUGGGUUAUUUAGAAGUGUGCUCUUUUGGCCGAGUGUGGUGGCUCACGCCUGUAACCCCAGCACUUUGGGAGGCUGAGGCGGACAGAUCAUGAGGUCAAGAGAUGGAGACCAUCCUGGCCAACAUGGUGAAACCCCAUCUCUACUAAAAAUACAAAAAUUAGCUGGCGUGGUGGCGGGCUCCUGUAAUCCCAGCUACUCGGAAGGCUGAGGCAGAAGAAUCGCUUGAACUCGGGAGGCGGAGGGUGCAGUGAGCUGAGAUCGCACCACUGCAGUCCAGCCUGGCGGCAGGGCAAGACUCUGUCUCAAAAAAAAAAAAAGAAAAAGAAAAGUGUGCUCUUUCAUUUCCAAGUAUUUAAAAUGCUCCUGUUAUCAUGUUGUUAUUUUUAGUUUCACAUUUGGCCUGAGCACAAGCUCGUUUAAUUUCAAAACAUUUAUAUUUGUUGAAGUUUGUUUUGGGGCCAUAAACAAAAAGCCCAUGAACAACAUGCUUGUGGAGUAUUCCGUAGGUACUUGUAAAAAGGAUGUAUAUUCUGGUGUUGUUUGGUAAAAUAUUCUGUGUUUAUGGAUCCUGUUGAUUAAUGAUGUUAUUCAGACUUUCUAUAUUUUCCUCAUUUUUUGUCUAAUAUUUUGCUAAAAGAAGGAUGUUAAAGUCCCCAACAGUAAUUGUGGAAUUUUUUAUUUCUUCUUUCAGUUCUAUCACUUUUUGCUUCAUAUAUUUGAAUGUUCUCUUGUUUGGUGUAUAUGCAUUUAUGAUUGUUAUAUCUUCUUCAUGUAUUGUCCCUCUUAUCAUUAUGAAACUUUCCUCUUUGUCCAUGUUCAUUUUCUGAGCUCUGAAGUAUACUUUCUCUUACACUAAUACAAGGUAUAAUUGCUGCAUUUUUAAAAGUUAAUGUUUGCAUGGCUUAUCUUUGUCCAUUUCUUUUAUUUUCAACCUGCCUACAUCAUUAUAUUUGAAGUAAAUUUUAUGUAGACAACAUAUAGUUGGGUCCUGCUCUUUUUCUUUUUCACUUUGAAAAUCUCUCUUAGUUGGUAUAUUAAACCAUUUAUCUUUAAAGUGGCUAUUGAUAUGUUGCACUAAAUGUGUCAUUUUUUUCCUUUGCUUUUCCUUUUUUUUUUUUUCCCCCCCUUGAGACAGAGUCUUGCUCUGUUGCCCAGGCUCCAGUACAGUGGCAUGAUCUCGGCUCACUGCAACCUCCACUUCCUGGGUUCAAGCAAUUCUCCUACCUCAGCCUCCUGAGUAGCUGGGAUUACAGGCAUGUGCCACCACGCCUGGCUAAUUUUUGUAUUUUUUUAGUAGAGAUGGGGUUUCGCCAUGUUGGCCAGGCAGAUCUCGAACUCCUGACCUCAGGUAAUCUACCCACCUCGGCCUCCCAAAGUGCUAGAUUUACAGGCGUGAGCCACCAUGCCUGGCCUCUUUUUCCUUUUUUUUUCUUUUUUUGUUUCUGCGUUGGUUUGGUUUUUGGCAUAUUUUAUUUUCUUGCCUUUUUUUUGGAUACCUGUACAAUUUUAAGAAUUCAGUUUUGGUUUGUCUGUAGUGUUUUUUAAAUUUUUAAAUUUUAUUUUAACAGCAAGCUCUAACAUAGUGCUUUUUUUAGUGUAUUUCUUGGUAUAAUUAUUUUAGUGGUUACUUAAUGUAUUAAAAUGUAUUUAUGUAACUUAAUCACAAUCUGCUGGUUGUCAACAUUAUAGCAAUUUGAGUGAUUUGUAGAAAUGUUACUUUUAUGAGGUCCCUUUAUACUCACUAUUCUUUUUUUUUUUUUUUUUUUUUUUUGAGACGGAGUCUCGCUCUCUGUCGCCAGGCUGGAGUGCAGUGGUGCAGUCUCGGCUCACUGCAACCUCCACCUCCCAGAUUCAAGCGAUUCUCCUGCCUCAGCCUUUCAGUAACUGGGACUACAGGCGCUUGCCACCAUGCCUAGCUAAUUUUUGUAUUUUUAAUAGAAAUGGGGUUUCAUCACGUUGGCCUGAUCUCCUGACCUCGUGAUCCACCCACCUCGACCUCCCAAAGUGCUGGGAUUACAGGCGUGAGCCACUGCGCCCGGCCCCAUUAUUCUUUUAAUACAAUUGUCUUGAGCAUUUACUCUCCAUGUGCUGAGCACCAUAUUGAAUGAUGUUAUAAUUUCUGCUUCUGUUGUCAAACCUAUUUAUUUAAAAUCUCUAGUCCUAUGUCAUAAUGUCAAACUUUGUUGAAAGGAUAAGAAUAGUCUCUUUGCCUGUAUUUCUUACCCUUUCCAUUGUUCUUCUAUCUUGAAGCCUCCUUCUACCAUUUUCUUUGCAUGUGGAGAACUUCCUGUAGCCAUUUUUUUUAGAAUAAGUCUACCUGUGACAAAUAUUCUUUGUUUUCUUUUAUCUGAGAAUAUCUUUAUUUCUUAAUUCUUGAAGGAAAUUUUUGUGUGGUAUAGGAUUCAUGGUUGACAAGUCUUUUCUUUUGGAAAACUUGAAAAACAUUGCAGCACUUCCCUGUGGCCUCUGGUUUUAAAUGAGAAAUCUGCUUCCAUUUGAACUGUUGUUCUUCUUUACUAAUGUGUCAUUUCUCUCUAACUGCUUUUAAAAUGUUUGUCUUUAGUUUUCAGAAAUGUGAUUAUGAUGUGUCCUAGUGUGGAAUUUUUUUAUGUUUAUCCUGUUUCGUGAUUGUUCAGUUUUUCAAGUCUUUAGCUGUAUGACUUCUGCCAAAUUUGGGAAGUGUUUGGCCUUUAUUUCUUCAAAUAUUUUUAUUCCCACUCCCUUCCCCCUUUUUGCAACUCAGAAAACCUGAGUGAGGUCUUUAUUUUAAUUGUUCCAAAUGUUAGGUCUCUAUUUUAAUUGUUUCAAAUGUUAGGUCUCUAUUUUAACUGUUCCAAAUGUCCUUGAAGCGCUCUUCUUUUAAGUUUUGUGACCUUGAUCUGUCUUUGGAGAGGGCUGCAGGGAGUGGAGUGCUAACAACUCUCACUACUUACCUUGAGAUGACGCUAUCCUGGAAGUGAAAGUAUAAUGCCAACUAGCAUUGCCUUGGACUGCCUCUUUCUGCCUUGCUACUGGCUAGGGGUGGGAGUUUGGCUCUCCUGCUGUGGAAAGGGAAGGAGCAUGUAGACUUUUUUAAUCAGGUUGCUUAAAAGUGGGACAAAGGGGAGGUGGGGCUUUUAAACUGGCAACAAUCAAAUGUCACAUAUCAAAAAUGGAGUCAGAGGCCAGGCACGGUGGCUCACGCCUGUAAUCCCAGCACUUUGGGAGGCCGAGCAGGGAGGAUUGCCUCAGGCCAGGAGUUCAAGACAAGCUUGGCCAACAUAGUGAAACCAUGUGUCUACUAAAAAUACAAAAAAUUAGCUGGUCAUGGUGGCGCAUGCCUGUAAUUCCAGCUACUCAGGAGGCUGAAGCACAAGAAUCGCUUGAACCCUGGAGGCGGAGGUUGCAGAGAGCCGAAAAUGUGCCACUGCACUCCAGCCGGGGCAACAGAGUGAGACUCUGUCUAAAAAAAAAAAAAAAAAAAAAAAACCCAUAAAACAAAAAUGGAAUCAGACUGUCAUACUUUUGGUUGGCUGAAAAAUAGGAAAAAAAACAAACCCAGCCUUAUUUAUAGAUGGAUUAUCUUGAUGUUUGGAGUAAGCUACAAAUAGAUUGAUACAUCACAUCCUGCCUUGAGUGGCUGUGAUGUGGCCAGGGAUGUAGAGAAAUCCUCUCCAUGGCCUGAAGCUGGACCAGUACAAGUGGGCGUUACCUUUGUGCUGGGAGAAGUGCCCUGAGGUAAAGAUAGAUGUGUGCUUUUGUGGGAAAUGGCUUGUCUCGUUGUUCAGAAGUGCUGCAGAUCAGUGACAAGUAUAUAUAGAACAAGGGCAUGAAAUUACUGGAGUGGGCAAAGUGAGUGGAUAUUUAUGUCCCACGUCAGUGCCUAUAAAAAGAAACCCACUGCAGAAGAGGGGAGGGGAACCUAGUAGUUAAGGUUAACCAGGCUCAGUCCUCAGCCAUCCCAGUCCUUGCAGUCUAGGGAUAUAAAAUAUAGUCACCAAGGUGUUAGGGGAUGGAGGGUUUUUUUGGUUUGUUAUUGUUUUUUGUUUGUUUGUUUGUUUUGAGACGGAGUCUCACUCUGUCACCAGGCUGGAGUGCAGUGGCACGAUCUCAGCUCACUACAACCUCCACCUCCCGAGUUCAAGCAAUUCUCCUGCCUCAGCCUCCUGAGUAGCUGGGAUUAUAGGCGCUUGUGACCAUGCCCAGCUAAUUUUUGUAUUUUUAGUAGAGACGGGGUUUCACCAUGUUGGCCAGGAUGGUCUCGAUCUCUUGACCUCAUGAUCCACCCACCUCAGCCUCCCAAAAUGCUGGGAUUACAGGCGUGAGCCACUGCAGCCAGCCAGGAAUGGAGGUUUUAAAAGGGCCCAACAACAUGGCAUCCUGCUGACCACAACUAAAAUAGCUCCUUUCCUUACCUACUAUUUACAAAGACCAACACUAAGACAGUAUAUGGUGUAAUCCCUACAAGAGAACAGCCUGCCCCUUGGUGACAUGUUUACGUCAGACCUUUUUCCUCCCAGACAGUACAUUGAUUCUUAUUUAAUGGCAUUGCUGUUUUUUCUGGAUAUGACAUUAACUUCCCUGCCAACAGAGCCUUUGCUGAAACCAUUAUAAGAGAGUGUAUUGACUUCUUCAUAUAUCAACACUGGCUGGUCAUUACCUUGAAGAUCCAAUCACAAUGUAGACACAAAUGGAUUAGGGUUUGUAGCUAACGCUGUUGAUGUCUUGUUCUGUACAACCCAUCUUCCUACAAGUCUUAUCAAAUGACCUCUGGGAGGAUGUCAGCCUGCUCACUAAUAAAAUUUUUGUUUUGUUUUGUUUUUUGAGACAGAGUCUCGCUCUGUCCCCCAGGCUGUAGGGUAGAAGUGCAGUGGUGUGAUCUCGGCUCACUGCAGCCUUCGCCUCCUGGGUUCAAGUGAUUCUCAUGCCUCAGCCUUCUUAGUAGCCGAGAUUACAGGUGUCCACCACCACACCCGGCUAAUUUUUGUAUUUUUGGUAGAGACAGGGUUUCACUAUGUUGGCCAGGCUGGUCUCGAACCCUUGACCUCAAUUGAUCCACCCUCUUCAGCCUGCCAAAGUGCUGGGAUUACAGGUGUGAGCCACUGUGCCUGGCCACUAAUAAAGUUUUAUUGCGCCCCCUCUUCCGUCUCACUGCCUCAUUUUCAUUCCUGUGCAUCCUGAGUUCAUAUCUCAGAUAAACUCCCUGUACUCCAGUAAUCAUCUCACAGUUUACUGCCAUAGAAUAUCAAAAGUAAGAAGUUCUGUUUUCACAUUCUUUCUAUUAAUGAACACCCAAUUUUCACAUUCUUUCCUCUCUCACUUCUGUAGAUUGUUACUUCAUACUCAUUUUCUGAAAUGUCUUCCUCUUUUUGCCCCAUUCUGUGGGACUCAACCAUGCAAACCUCUAAACCUAGAUUGAACAUUAGUCCAACAUUUUCUGAGCUGACCCAGGCUGUUUGGAAGUUCUGGGAAAAACCUUAACUCCCAUUUCCACCACCCCACAGACCUCUUCCCAUCCCUCAGUGAACUAAAAUCUCUGGAGGAUCCAGUUUCUCAGAUGCCCAGUAUUUUUCUGGCCUUGUCAUUGCCAUUUUUGGGGGAAACCAUUUAUCCACACCAAUUAAAGGAAUGUCAGAUGAAGUUUUCUGUUAGUCUUCCUAAAUUGUGGCAGCCAGUGUCUCCCCAUGAGUUGCGUGCAAACCCCCACAUGGCUCUGUACAACUUUCUCUUUGCAAAAUUAAUAUUUUUAGUAUAUAAAAUGAUAUGCCAGAUGUAUGGUUGUCUUUCCUAAAUCUAUACAGCCAUCCCUAUGUUUUCACUUACUCUAAAGGAAGUUCAAAUUUUGCAUUGUUUUCUUGCAUGUUUUCUUUAUAUAUCAUUCCCUUUUUUUUUUUUUUUGGACAGGUCUAGGGGAAUAUCUAAGUUGUAGUCUUGAAUUAUCUCUAAGUUUAAAUAUUCUUCUAUUAAUUUUUUUGCCUUUUUUUCUUUUUGUGGAGAAUGAGGUCUUGUUAUGUUGCCCAGGCAGGUCUUGAACUCCUAGGCUCAUUCUAUCCUCCUGCCUCUGCCCUCCUAAGUGCUAGGAUUGCAAGCAUGAGCCAUCAUGUUCAGUCUUAUUAAUUUUUCUUAAAAAAGAUAAUGAAGUAAACUUUGCAUUCAGUAAUCUCCUGUUAAGAAUAUUUUUGGUGAAUUUUGAUGAAUACAUGGUUUUGUGAUGACAAACCACCAUUAAAGCUGUGAAAUAUUUCCAUCACAAGAAAAUAUUCCUUGAUAUAGUCAAACUGUCUUCCAAACUCCAGCUAUAAGGCCCACUCAUUUAGGUUUUUCUCUUUUUGCCUUUUUUAGAAUGUGAAGUGAAUGGAAUCAUAUAAUAUGUGGUUUUCAGAUAUUUUCACUUGGCAUAUGAUUUUGGGAUUUAUUCAUUUUAUUUCAUAUUGUUUCUUAUAUAGAGUAGUUUAUUUUGUGGAUAUGCUACAAUUUGUUCAUCUGUUCACCUGUUCGUGAACAAUUUUCCAAGUUUUUGGCUAUCGUGAAUAGGACGUUCAUGAAUAUUUGCUACAGAUAUUUGGAUGGAAACAUUUUAACUUGUCUUUUGUAAAUAACUAAGAGUAGAAUUGGUAUAUCAUAUGGUAUGUUUAUAUUUACCUAUAUAGGAAGCUGUCAAGUUGUUUUCCAAAAUGACUGUAUCAUUUUGCAUUCUCAUCAAAAAUGUAUGAGAGUUCCAGUGCUGCAUCUUUGUCAUCACUUGGUAUUUAUUGUCACUUUGAAACAUUUUACUAAUUUCAGCAGGUGUGUUGCAGUAUCUUAUUUGGGUUUUAAGUUGCAUUGCUAAAAUGACUCAUGAUAUUGAAUAUCUUUUCAUGUAUUCAUUGUUGAUUUGUAUAUCUUUAGUUAUUUGUCCAAAUCUUUUUUUUUUUUUUUUUUUUGAGACAGAAUCUUGCUCUAUCUCCCAGGCUAGAGUGCAAUGGUGCAAUCUUAGCUCACUGAAACCUCUGUCUCCCAAGUUCAACUGAUUCUCAUGCCUCAGCCUCCUGAGUAGCUCGGAUUACAGGCACGCACCACCACGCCCGGCUAAUUUUUGUAUUUUUAGUAAAGACGGGUUUUCGCCAUAUUGGCCAGGCUGGUCUCGAGCUCCUGACCUCAGGUGAUCUGCCUGCCUCAGCCUCCCCAAGUGUUGGGAUUACAGGCAUGCGCCACCACGCCCAGCUGGUCCCAAUCUUUUGUCAAUUUUUAAUUGCUUUUUUCUUCUUAACAUGAAAUUGCAUAACUUUGCUUUAAUUUUCUCCUUUUUAAAUAUUCUAUAUUAUUGUCAUUUCUCAGUUAUAUGUUUUGCAAAUAGUUUUUUUUUUCAGUCUUUGACUUGCCUUUUAAUUUUCUUAGCAGUGUUUUUGGAAGAGUAGAUGUCUUAAAUUCUGAUGUAAUAAAAAUAUUUUGUCUUUAUGUUUUUUUGUGUGUCCUGUCUAUCUAACUAUCUAAUUAGACUUUGCCUACUGCAAUGUUGCAAAGCUUUGACUUAUGUUUUCUUCUAGGCAUUUUAUAUUUUCAGAUCUUUUAUGUGGUCUGAGACCCUUUUUUUUUUUUUUUUUUUACGGAAUCUCGCUCUGCCACACAGACUGGAGCGCAAAAUGACGCAAUCUUGGCUCACUGCAACCUCUGCCUCCCAGGUUCAAGCGAUUCUGGUACCUCAGCCUCCUAAGUAGCUGGGACUACAGGCACAUGCCACUAUGCCCAGCUAAUUUUCGUAUUUUUAGUAGAGAUGGGGUUUUGUCUUAUUGGUCAGGCUGGUCUCCAACUCCUGACCUCAAGGUGAUCCACCCGCCUCGGCCUCCCAAAGUGCUGGGAUUACAGGCGUGAGCCACUGAGCCCGGCCUGAGUUAACAUUUAUAUAUGAUCUGAGGUAAGGGUUUCACAUUAAAUUAAACGUGUUUUAUAACCCAACAAAUCACUCUGGGGACAUAACCAUUAGGAAUGAGGGCUUUCUUACACCAAAAUACAUGUACACAAAGAUUUAUAACAAUUUCACAAUAAUCAACAACUAUAAAUAAUUCAAAUGACAGUCAUCUGUAAGAUAUUUAAGUAAAUUGUGAAACAGUCAUAAAGUGGAAGAAAACACACAGAUUAAAACUGUUACUUUUGUCCAACAAGAUGAAUGAAUUUUCCAGGAAGGAAUACUUGAGUUGGGGCUUGUGGAAGCCCCAACCUGUUUGUAGUUUGGGGUUGCCAUCUGCCUCACAGAGCAAAGUGAAGGGUUUGGAUUUGGGGAACACAAAAUUGUGUUCUCCUGUGAAAAACCUUUCUGUAAUAUAGUUGGCCAUGGUAUUUGCCAGGAAUGAAAGGUCAGGGUUGGAGACCUCAUGAGUCUGGGUUUUCAUUUGAGGUUAAGAGAAAAGGUAGUGAUUAUAAUCAGAAAAUCUAGAGUGGGGGUAAUUACCUCCAGAACUCACUACUGUUAGCCUGGGUUUUAUGGUAGUUAUGGAAGUGGAUUAACUACUAAUGAUAAAAAAUAUAGUCUCCUCCAACUCAGAAAAUCUCGAGUGGCAGUGGCAUGCCAAACACACAGUAGCAAAUACAGUAGAAUUUUAUUGAUAUGUUUUUAACCAGACAAACCUCAUAAAUGGUGAUUUUUUAAAAAAACAGAAUAAUGUUCACAUUUUUGCAGCAUUAACUGAGAGAAGGCAAAUUUGUGCCUGAGAGGGAGGAAAUGUUCUCUUCAUUUGCAGGUCUAGGAAUUACAUGGGAAACACAUGUAGGUAGUCUUCAAGCUAUAAAUUUAAGAUUUGUUUACUUAAUCUAUAGGUUUAUACAUGUAUGAGAAAUGGGAAAAAAAGAAUAAAUGUAAUACAUUAAAACCAAUACAGUGAAUCUCCACACCCUCCAAUGAAAAUAUGGAACAAAAUCUCAGCAUGCCCAGCAUGAGUCUGCCAGAUUGCAAAUUCCAUCCUACGCUUCAGAGGAUGCUAUUAUCAAGAUUUCUUCAUAGUUUGACAUUUUAAAUAUGUGUCAAUAAUGAUAGCUAUUAUAUUAUGGCCUGAUUUUGAAAUUUAUAUUAAUGGAAUCAUGCUUGUAGAGAUGUUUUUUCAUAUUACCGGGAUAUAUUUUUCUGUUAUUUUUAAAGAUGUUUGAAAUGAAUGUAUAUCUUUCUAAUUAUCAUCCUUUGUUGAUAACAUGUACAUUAAAUGGGAUUGCUUUAAAAUUCAUUGAAUCUCAUGAGAAUAUGUAGAAAUGACAUUAGUUUUGGUACAUUGUAAAGCAAAACUUCAGGUUGAAUAUCCUAUGAUAAUUUAAAACCACAAAAUUAUACUAUUAAUAAUAGAGCUUGAGCACUUUAAGGGACCAUAGAGACUCCUUUAAUGUAAUGGUGAGAAUACUGAGGUACAGAGAAGUCAGGUGACUAGCCGAAGCCCAUACUCUAAGAUAAAGGCCGAUCCCAUCUAUUUUUCCUAACUUGUCAGAAUACUGUAAAUUAUACUGCUUUUAAAAGACCUAUGAAAUUGGCGUUGGAGAUGCCAUCUUGCAAAUAAAAUAUUCUCAAAUUUUGA